UAGAGCAUCGGCCUGCGGACUCAAGGGUCCCUGGUUCGAUUCCAGUCAAGGGCAUGUACCCUGGUUGCGGGCACAUCCCCAGUGGGGGGCAUGCAGGAGGCAGCUGAUCGAUCUCUCUCAUCGAUGUUUCUAACUUUCUAUCCCUCUCCCUUCUUCUCUGUAAAAAAUAAAUAAAAUAUAUUUUUUUUUAAAAAAACAGAUAAGUUAUGAGGUCUAAUAGAAAAUACCCACAUCCAAACACACACAGAAUUGGAACUAGAAGCUAGUAUGAGUGCCAGAUUUCAGCAGAGGUUUUAUCAAGAUUUUGUAUUUUUCAAUAUCUUAAUUUUACCACUCGAUGAAUUAUUUGUGCUAUCUCACCUCAGGCUUAUGAUGGUGAGCUAUUCUGAAUCUUUUUUGAAGCCCUGAAUAGCAACCCCUAUUAAGGCAUACAAACUUCAGUAGAAUGGCUUGAAAUAUUGCAAUUGGACAUGUGUGAAACAAUUUUUUUUAAUGGUUGAUACUCCUAAAAAGAAAAAAGUUAAUGUUAUCUUUAAGAACAGGUGAGAGACAAUCAGUUGUCACCAGCAUCAUUCUUAGGAUCGGAGAGGGGGAGAAAGGUCCCCCAUAAUCUUCAGCUUUCUUUUCAAGUUUAAGUAAAUGGCCUUACUACAUUGCGGUUCCUAAGUGGGCCUAAGUCCUGGUGUGCUGUGUUAAAAGUGUAAAAAUAGUAUCUGAAGUCUUUAUAGUGUUCACUUUAGUUAUUCGUUUUCUAGCUUGGGAAUUAAUUCAUUUGUCAAAGUCUGCAUUCCCUCUUAAAGAUCCCUGCACCUCCUGGUUUACAUCAGAAAUGCAUUUGAGAUCCACCCAUGUUGCAUGGAUGAAUCCUGCAAGUUAACAGCUUGUUUCUUUGUAUCACUGCAUACUAUUGCAUUGUAUGGGUGUACCACAGUCGUUUAUCCAUUUGCACAGUGAAGGGCAUCUUGAUUGCUUCAAAUUUUGGCGAUUGUGAACAAAACUGCUUAUAAACAUCUGCGUGAACCUAAUUUUUCAGUUCACUUAUGUAAAUACUUAGGCGCAUGAGUUCUAGGCCAUAUAUUAAACUGAUGCUUAGAUUAGUAAAAAACUGCCAAGUUGUCUUCCAUCGUGGCUGUGCAUGGGAAGCAGUGCACAGGAGUUUGUGGAGGAUUGGUAUUAUUUAUUUAAAUGUUUGAUAGACUGGCCAGUGAAGCCACCACAGCCUGGGCUUUUCUUUGUGGGAAGAUUUGAACUUAAUUCCAUAUCCUUGCUGCCCUAGUUGAACUAGUGCCACAGAGCGGAGGGAGGCGGAGGGGGGGGGGGAAUGCCUCAGAGGAGCGCCGUUCUGACCUGAAGCUCCGGCCCUGAGGAAUAAGCUUCCCAGUUUGUUGCAUGCCUGUGGUCCAUACCCAGGGCACGGAAGCAGCUGGUUUUGACAGCUCUGUCCAGGUUUAUGGUUGCCUUUGGGGGAGAGGAUUUGUCAGCAUCCUUAGGACAUCCUGCCAGAGUCCUGCUUUGUGGCGUUCUCCUCCCACAUCACCCGUCAGCCAACGAACAAGGGUAGAAUAAUAUCCCAGAAUGCUCUUGCCUCCAUCUCCAGCCACAUCUCUCCCCUUUGGGGGCAAAUUUUCCGUAAAUUACUUCUGUCUGCGCUAUUUCCUCAUCUCCCCACAACUCCACCAAAUCCCGGAAGUUGGCUGUUGUUAAGUCACUGGCGAUUUCCAUGUUGCCAAAUCCAAGUCUGUUCUGUCUUUGUUUUCUUUGCACCAUCCAGUAGCGCCUGACACAGGAGAUGACCAGCUCAUGGAUGAGACCCUGUUUUGUCUCCAGGAAGAUCAGACUUGCCUUGCUCUUCUCCUCCUCCUCUGGCCAGGCCGUUUUUGCAGACUUCUGCCGCAUCUUCCCCAGCCUGCCCCAGAGCUCAAUCCUCUGACCCGUUUUUUCUCUAAACUCACUUUAGUGUCCUGUCCACUCACAUCUCCCAGAUGUUUGUUGCCAGUUUGCAUGUCUCUCCGGAACAUCAGUCAUAGCUAAUUGCCAAACUUGUUUUCCGCAAACUCACCGCAUCCUCCCAACAGGUGCUAUGGGCGACUCUGUCCCUCUGGUUGUCCGGCAGCAGCGUUGGAGGCCUUUUGACGACUCCUCUCAUGGACCACGUCCAGGUCACCAACAGAAGUCGCUGUCGCCAGUUGAGAUCUACUCAGAACCCCACCACUUUGACUAUUACCACUAGUCCAAGCUACCAGUGUCUCUUGCCUGGAUUAUAACUGUCCUCUAAGAGGCUUCCUAUGUCUUCCCUUGUUUCCUGACACUAGUGUAUUUUCAACACGUGAACCAGUGAGGCUUUUCAUGUAAAUCAGAUCCUCUCUCCUGCCUAGAAUUCUCCACAGCUUCCCAUCUUAGAGAAAGUCCUGAGGAUGGCCGGUAAGGCCCUUCACCUGCUCCCCUGUCCUCACUGACCUCAUCUUCUGGUCUCUCUACGUCACUGCAGUUGCCUUGCCAAGCAUGCUCCUUUCUCGGGGCUUUUGCAUUUGCUAUUCCUCUGCCCAAUGUGCUCUUAUGCUGGAUCUACGUAAGACUUACUGAUGUCCUCACCACCUCGAGUCUCGGCUCACAUUUCACCUUUCAGGGAGGCCUCACUGAGCAUCUUGUCCUGUUCCAUGGGAAACGGCACGAGCAGACUCUAUAGUGCUCUUGCCAAGACACUGAACAGCAGCGCUGCCUCCCAGCACCCAGAAUAUUUGGAGUCACCUGACCCAGAGCAUCUGGAGCCCAUUGAUCCUAAAGAGCUCCUUGAGGAAUGCAGGGCAGUCCUGCACAGUCGACCUCCCCGGUUCCAGAGGGACUUUGUGGAUCUGAAGACAGAUUGCCCCAGUAGCCACCCACCUAUAAGGGUCAUGCAAUGGAACAUCCUCGCUCAAGCUCUCGGGGAAGGAAAAGACAACUUCGCACAGUGCCCCGUGGAAGCACUCAAGUGGGAAGAGCGGAAGUGUCUCAUCCUAGAAGAAAUCCUAGCCUACCAGCCUGACAUCUUGUGUCUCCAGGAGGUGGACCACUAUUUCGACACCUUCCAGCCACUCCUCAGCAGACUGGGCUAUCGAGGCACAUUCUUCCCCAAGCCCUGGUCACCUUGUCUCGAUGUAGAACAUAACAAUGGACCAGAUGGCUGUGCCUUGUUUUUCCUCCAGAACCGCUUCAAGUUAGUCCACAGUACCAAUAUCAGGCUGACGGCCAUGGCAUUGAAAACCAACCAGGUGGCCAUUGUACAGACCCUAGAGUGCAAGGAGUCCAGUCGACAGCUCUGCGUCGCUGUCACCCACUUGAAAGCACGAUCCGGCUGGGAGCAGUUUCGAUCAGCUCAAGGCUGUGAUCUUCUCCGGAACCUGCAGAACCUCACCCAAGGAGCCAAGAUUCCCCUUAUUGUUUGUGGGGACUUCAAUGCAGAGCCAACAGAGGACGUCUACAAAAAUUUUGCUUCCUCCAGCCUCAACCUGAGCAGCGCCUAUAAGCUGCUGAGUCCAGAUGGGCAGUCAGAACCUCCGUAUACUUCCUGGAAGAUCCGGACCUCGGGGGAGUACCGGCACACCCUGGACUACAUCUGGUAUUCUAAACACUCUCUGAGUGUGAGGGCAGCUCUGGAUUUGCUCACUGAAGAACAGAUUGGAGCCAGUCGGCUCCCAUCCUUCAAUUAUCCUUCCGACCACCUGUCUCUAGUGUGUGACUUCAGCUUUAAUAAUGAACCUGAUGGACUUUCAUAAACACUUUGUAAUCACAAGUCUUAACCAGGGAUGUUUCAGGAAAACUGAAGUUAGGAUACGUUGCCCGAGGAAGGAUUCCCAGUUUCUCUCACUUCACUUUCCAUGUUUCCAGCAUGCCUCGGGGAAGGAAUCCCACUAGUUAACAAACGUUUUCCAUUAAACCCUUCAGCGAAAAAGGUGUUUGCACUCCAGUUUUGGCUUGUUUUUUUUUCUCCUUUCCCCUAGCAUUAAAUUUAGAUCAAUUAAGGGCAUUAAAUUAGUCUUGUUUUGAAGCUUUCAGUUUGAUGAUGCUAUAUAAAAAUACUUUGUCUUCCAUAAUUAACAAGUAUGCAGGAACAAUUUCCUCUAGACAGUAUUUCAAGUUAUUUAUUUGUGGUUUUAAGUAUCAACAAGAUAUGCAUGGCAGUAUUUAUUUUUUCUAUCUUCAUGUGAAAAUAAUAGCAUUACAAACAUUUAAGAACCAUGCACAAUGUAAGGUAGAGAGUAAUUUAUAGUAAUUUUCUUAAGGCUUUAAGAUGCUUUAUUUGGGGUCUAACAGAAUAGUGUACAAAGGGACUAUUCAGCCUGGAGGCCCCAGGGGUUUGUUUGUUUGUUUGUUUGUUUGUUUGUUUGUUUGAAGAGGAAAUAGCCGGUCUCGAUAAGUUCUUCAUAACAAUUCUUGCUGUGCCUCCAUGUUCCCCAUUAUUGUAUUUCUGGAAGAUUCCAUGACCAGUUGGUCUUUGUCAUUUAAUCACUGCUAUGCAUUUACAGAUUUCUGUUGGAAUGCUAUUGGUAUACAUUUGAUUUGUGGCCACUCAGUGUCACAGUGAUUUGUAUUGGAAUUGCUGUUCACGAUGGGUUAUUUAGGAGCAGUGGCUGGUAAAGUCAGGGGGACCUUCUUUUCAGAGAUGGGCAACCAGAAAGCCUGUUCACAAGGCUGUCACUGUAAUUUCCUAAGACAGCCAGGUGAUUGGCUCAGAGUGUCUAGAAAGAAUGUAAAAGGAAAGAUAACCUGGAAUUCUCUUUCCUUGGGGGAAAAAAGUGGUCAAGAUAACAGGUGAAGCCCCUUCCAAACAAAGUCCCAGCAAAUAACCUAUGGGUAAUAAAUGGAAUAUUUUAAUCCAUGAAUUGUAUAUAUUUAAAAUUAAUAAAUGGUCUUUUGAAACUAGUACUUUAAUAUCUUGUAUUUUUAGUCCAAAAAGAAUCUGGGGUAGAUUUGAUCUUUUAUACUGACUUCAGAGAGGGAGCUAUAGAAACCUCAAUGAUGAGAGAGAUUCAUUAAUCGGCUGGCUGCCUCCUGCACGCCCCACACUGGGAAUCGAGCCCACAACUCAGGCAUAUGCGCUGACUGGGAAUCAAACCCGGGACCCUUCAGUCCACAGGCCAACGCUCUAUCCACUGAGCCAAACCAGGUAGGGUGAUUUGAUCUUUUAAUUCUGUUAACAUGGUGGGUUCACACUAUUCAUUUACACACAGAUAUUUAUUUUAAACUAGGGGCCCGCAGAUCUAUAGCUGCACAUUGAAAGCAUCUUUGCUGUGCUUUUGUUGUAUGGUAUCUCUCAGUGCCAAGGUUGGAGCUCCCAAAAGGGUUCACCCAAGUAUUCUGCAUUGGAACCACUUGUGAAACAAAUGAAGUUUCUCAGUACAUUGUAUACAUAAAAUCUUGGGGCUACCUGGAAGGAAUGGCAAGCAGAAAGACCAUCCAUACUAUUUGGUUCAAAUCUUAGCAUGACUAAUAGUAAUCAUGUUGCUGAGAAACAACACUAAUUACAAUACUUAUAUGUACAGGCAUUAAAUAUUGUUUUUCUACCCCAAAGUACACCAACCUGAAGAGAGAUCAUGACAGCCUUGAGUAAACAAAUCUGAAUGAGAAUGAAAGUCAAACUAAUAUGUGAAUUUCAGGUAUCCAACAAUAGUCACCAGCCACUUAUUGAGAGAGACAUGUUCUGAGAAAUGCGUCAUUAGCGGGUUUCAGCAUCAUGUGAACAUCAUACUUACACAAACUGCGGUGGUACAGCCCGCUACACACCUAGGCCGAAGGAUAGAGCCUAUUGCUCUGUAGGGGAGGGAAAUAAUGUUCACUCUAUCCUUUUAGGUUCUUGUUUGAGACAUCCCUGUAAUAAAAGAUUAACAGGAGAAAAAUUUAAUAACAUAUGCUUUCUGUAUACAUGGAGACCCAGGAAAACACUCGUGUAACUUUGCCCAAGUGGUUGGGCCACCACCAUAAAGACUACAGCUGAAGACAAUCUGUUAGCGGUAUGGGGAGCCAGUUAUGGGAGGAUACUAGGAAAAGCACAAGUAAGAGGGAGGUUGUCAUGGAGGGCAAGGAGUAAUGGGUUACUGGCAACAUCAUUUAUUGAGCAAAGAGGAAAAGAUUUCAGAUGGAUGAGUUGGACAUUCAGGAGGAAAUAGCCAGUUGGCAAUUAGAUAAACCCAUCUAAGGCCUAAAGAAUAGGCUAGAACAAUGUAUUUGGUAGUAGAAACCAUAAGAAUGAAUGAGAUUGUCUAACAUGUUGAGAUGAUAUAUUAAACAUUUUCAUAAGAGUGCUAUGUGCCAGGCACUGGUUCUAAAUCCUUAACAUAUUAACUCAAUUCUUACAACUACUCUAAGAGCCCCAUAACUACUCUAAGAGCCCCAUAGACAUUAACUGGGAAAGCUGGAGGAAAGCAAAGUCAACUAAGAGUUGGUCAUAGAGGAGGAAAACUGCAAGAGGGAUGUUAUGGAAAACCCAGAGAAUGUAAAAAGGCUGAG